CAAUGGCAAUGGGAAGACAUACAAGUCUGAAAUUGACAUCACCUUUGACGAAUGGGCCAGGGGUGUGGAACGCACUUGUCUUGUUCACCACGACGAUUUGCUGGAGCCAAUGACGAGAACUUAUACAAGGAGAUUCGGUCACAAUUUCAUCAUCCUGGACUCUGUGGACGGAGAACAAGAUAACAUAACAAGUGUAGCCAUCGUCUUCAUCCUCCUCUUCCUCAUCACUCUGCUGUUAAUUUUUGGAACCACUUUUAUCAAGGUCAAGUAAAACAAAGGGAAUGUGAAAGGACCUUUGAGUGUGAAAAAAAAAAAUAUAUAUAUAUUUUUCAUAUAAUCUCAUGCUAUCAUGUAAGUAAUCACAAUUGUCUUUUUAACUGCAAAAACUUUAUUGCUUUUUGAAAAUAAAUGUUUCAGUGAAGAUAAAUUUGUCUUUCUUUCUUUCAUUAUUUUGAAACUGUUACCAUUGUCUGAAGUUUUAUCUGUUUAAUAAGUAUCAUUUCUGUGUAUUUAAUAUUUUUUCUUUUUUUUUUUUGUUUACUCUGUAGUAUACAGUUAUGUUCAUCACAUCCACAGCACCUGGAGUCAGCAGCCUGUGUUAUACCGAAUAUGCAAAGUAGUAGAUUUUACAGUCGGUUGCUUUUUAGUCUAUUAUUACAAGAUUUGAGAAGUAAAACCUUUGGCAAAGUCAUGAGAAGUGAUGUGAUAUGCAUGCAAACUGAAAUGAGAAAUUUAAAUGUGCACUUGGUUUCUCUUACUGGCAUAACCACAUCUCACACCUGGUGUCUCUGAUGCGCCGUUGGUCUUUGCAUUGUUUCGCUUCUGUAUUUUGGCACUUUUUUGGGACCUGGGUGUUACUCAAUGCUUCCGCUUGCUGCUUGCCCUCAUCACUCUGCCCUAUCAUGCAUAACAUCUGUGCAACAGACUUCCAGCCGUGUCUCCACCUGACUCAACAACACCAAAAAAAAAAAAAAAAAAGUAAAAGCACAACUGCCAUCUAGCUUAGAUACAGAGAUACUACACUUAGAACUGAACUUAAACAGUUGUUCAUUUAUCAGAAUCUGAAGGUAUGUAUACUUGAGGUCUUUUUUUUUCUUAUGUUGACAAAAUAUUUAUAAUGAGGCAUGCAAAGUCAAACUAAUCUCUGUUCUACCUCAGAAUUACGGAUUUUCGCGCCAAACAUCACACUGUACCCCGUCUGGGAUGGGGAAUUUGGGACCUCACCAGUAAAGCUCAUCUGCACCCUAAGUGGCUACUUUCCAGAUGACCUGAAACUGGAGUGGCUGCAGGACAAAAAAACACUGAGUCAAAACGAUGAGGCAAACAGAAGGAAGCUGCGAAGUUUAGCGGGAGAGGAGAAAACCUUCAGCCUAAGUAGCGAGUUUAAGCCAGAUAUGACAGCGUGGGCAGAAGGAUCAGAUUUUACCUGCACUGCCAGUCUCAGUAACACUGAAUAUAGGAAAACAAUAAAGAGCUGUCAAUUCCAAAGAAGUUCUCCUCCUUCCAUUCAUGUGGAGCUUCCCAGCUUCGAGGCUGUAAUGUCACAAUCUAAGGUGCAAGCAACGUGUUUGGUCCACACUCAUUUUGAUGCCAAGAUCACCUGGCUGAUUGACGGUAAAGCUACAAGUGACAGAGUGCAAAGAGUAAACAACAUAACUCAUAUAAGCAGUAAACUUACAGUUUUCUCGAGUCAGUGGAAGCAACUGAAGAGUUUAAAGUGCAGAGCAGAGCAUAAGUGCUUCCCUUCUGCUGAGAAGACCAUAGAUAUCUCAGGUCCUGCAGUUAGAACUCCAUUGGUGGAGAUCAGACGAUCUCUCCCAGAUCUGCUGAAGGGAAACAGUGCAGUGUUUGAGUGUGACAUCAAAGAGCUGUCGUCACAUGACCUCUACGUCACCUUACAAGUGAACGAUGUUGACUUUCCUGAAAAACAAUAUUAUGAUCUUCCUGAAGGCCCGGGCCUCCUUUCAAUCAGUAGUCGAUUCACUGUCCCUCAGGAUCACUGGAGGAAAGACAAAACAUUUACCUGCAAAGUGAAUCAAGGCUUUUCUGCAAGCUUUAAGUCAAACUCCACUGGCAAUGUUUUUGCGGACCCAUCAGUGGAACUUUAUCUGGCCCCCAGUAACAGGCCUGAAAAACAGACACUCUUAUGCUCUGGACGAGGCUUCGACCCUCAAAUUAUAUGGUUUUCCAAGUCUCAGCAAAGGCCUCAGUCACACAGUGAUAUCAGCAUGGGUGUGGAUGGACGUGCCAGAGUAAACAGUCAACUUAUUAUUGAUCAGUCUGAGUGGAAAACAGGGAAGGUGUUCACUUGUGAAGUGUUUGACAAGUCUCUGAAUAAAAGUGUCAAGGAGGAAAUGCACAUUUGUUCAGCUUUUUCAAGUUCUCCUCCUUCCAUUCAUGUGGAGCUUCCCAGCUUCAAGACUGUAAUGUCACAAUCUGAUGUGCAAGCAACGUGUUUGGUCCACACUCAUUUUGAUGCCAAGAUCACCUGGCUGAUUGACGGUAAAGCUACAAGUGACAGAGUGCAAAGAGUAAACAACAUAACUCAUAUAAGCAGUAAACUUACAGUUUCCUCGAGUCAGUGGAAGCAACUGAAGAGUUUAAAGUGCAGAGCAGAGCAUAAGUGCUUCCCUUCUGCUGAGAAGACCAUAGAUAUCUCAGGUCCUGCAGUUAGAACUCCAUUGGUGGAGAUCAGACGAUCUCUCCCAGAUCUGCUGAAGGGAAACAGUGCAGUGUUUGAGUGUGACAUCAAAGAGCUGUCGUCACAUGACCUCUACGUCACCUUACAAGUGAACGAUGUUGACUUUCCUGAAAAACAAUAUUAUGAUCUUCCUGAAGGCCCGGGCCUCCUUUCAAUUAGUAGUCGAUUCACUGUCCCUCAGGAUCACUGGAGGAAAGACAAAACAUUUACCUGCAAAGUGAAUCAAGGCUUUUCUGCAAGCUUUAAGUCAAACUCCACUGGCAAUGUUUUUGCGGACCCAUCAGUGGAACUUUAUCUGGCCCCCAGUAACAGGCCUGAAAAACAGACACUCUUAUGCUCUGGACGAGGCUUCGACCCUCAAAUUAUAUGGUUUUCCAAGUCUCAGCAAAGGCCUCAGUCACACAGUGAUAUCAGCAUGGGUGUGGAUGGACGUGCCAGAGUAAACAGUCAAAUUGUUAUUGAUCAGUCUGAGUGGAAAACAGGGAAGGUGUUCACUUGUGAAGUGUUUGACAAGUCUCUGAAUAAAACAGUCAGCAAAAACAUCAGUCUCUGUUCAGUAACUCCAGCAUCAUCUCAGAUAGUCGGGGUUUAUGUUCAGGGACCACCACUACAACAGCCUGAGAACAAAGGACCCAUGACUAUUACCUGUCUUCUGGUCGGCCCUCAUCUUAAUGAUUUUUCCAUCACCUGGAAAGUGGAUGGCAAAAUAAUCCCUGACCAACUUGUUCAUACUAAUACUUCAGUAAGUCACAGCAAUGGGACAGAGACUCGCCAGAGCUUCCUUCAUGUGUCGGCAGAGGAUUGGAAUGCAUAUAAACAAGUUUCAUGUGAAGGAAAGCAUCCAUGUUCCAAACAGGGCAAUGAAGAUCAUAUAAGCAAAAGCAGAGACCUCCAAACACCAACAGUGAAGAUAAUGCCAUCAUAUGCCCCUGAACCCUCUGUGUCUGAUAUCCUAACCCUUGUUUGCCUAGUUUCUGGAUUUUUCCCAGCUAAUAUCAUAGCAUACUGGGAACAAGAUGGCCAGAGAAUCCCAUCCUCUCAUUACAUUAACAGUCCUCCAUGGAAAUACGCAGGGAGCAGCUCUUACUCUAUGAACAGCAGACUAAAUAUAUCCAAAACUGAAGACAAAGCGUCUACGUAUUCUUGUGCUGUCCAACAUGAGUCAUCUAUAAAGCCUGUUGAACCCUCUGUAACUAAUGUGUUUGCCUCCAUGAUCUACAGCCAACCAUCAGCCUACUUGCUCCAGGGCUCUAAUGAAUUUGUGUGCCUGGUCUUUGGCUUCAGCCCUGUAUCCAUUAACAUCACUUGGUUUCAUAAUGGGGGCACAGAACUGCUGAACUACAACACCAGUGAGCCCCACAGAGGCCCAGACGGAAAGUUCAGUAUCCAGAGCCACCUUGACCUGUCCCAAGCCAAAUUCUUUCCUGGGACGGUCCUCACCUGCAGGGUGACUCAUGCCAACACCACCCUGUCCCUGAAUAUAUCAAAACCAGACACGCAGGAGCACUGUAAUUUAUUUGAUGACAUUUUGCACGCUGAUGUAAACCUCGACACAGCCGAGGAAACCUGGAAUAUGGUUUUCACCUUCCUUGGUUUUUUCAUCAUCCUCACUAUUUAUGCUAUCAUAGUUACAUUGAUUAAGACUAAAUGAUGAUGCUCAGCUUCUGUGUUAUGAUUGAAAUGAGGAACUUUGGGGAUUUUUGACCGCAUGUGGCCUGACUAGUUUGAACAUGUAAUCCGUUGUGUUUCCAUUGUUACUAAUGAAAUUGUUCACGCUGUACAACGUUUAGUGGUUUUGCUUUGUGCUCGAUGUGUCAUGUAUGUAAGAUGAAGUGAGAAAAUGAAUGAAAAAAUGAAUAAAAGAAACUAAUGCCUGAA